AAGGCAUGGUGAUGAAAAAUACAUCACGCGUUCGAUCUCCUGUUGUUCUUCUUCAUCUUUUCUGAGUAGAAAAUGGAAAGCAGUCAUUAGCUGUUGUUCAUGAUGGCUGGAGCUGGACAGGAAAAAUGACACGUCCGUGCCUACGUAAAAUGCGACGACGGUGGAACUGGUUGAUGUCCUGAGGAUACUGCCCGUGGGCAUCAACCGUGAAUACAUCAAUCUAUAAUUGAGGGAAGCAAGCAAGGGACGCACGCAGCUCCUUCACCAGAGGUCGGAGGAGGACACCUCUUCGCCUCUGCGUGGCUGCGCACGACACAGGAUGCGCCGGCUCCAGUCCAUUUUCCUCAGCACGUUGAUAUUUCCUCUUGAGUUUUUGUUUUCGCCUGAGGAUAAUCUACAACAAGGUCGUCUACUUGUGCGCGGGGUCCAGCUACCGCCGAGCGGGGAAGCGCAGGAUGACGAGGGCGAGGAACCCUGCUCCUGCGAUCAGUGCUACGGGGAGCAUCUAACGAGUGGACCGGAAUCGAGGCGGCCAGGAAUCGCCUUCAAGUGUUCAGCGGAUGUACCCGGAAACUGUGCGCAAACCGGCGCUAGCGACACGUGGGUGAUCAACAUUGCGCGUGUUCUCGACAAGACGCGCUUCUGUGAGUCGACCUGCAAACCGAUUCGACCCGCAUCAACGUUGGAACUGACGCAAGGAAGCGGCGCGCUCAAGUGCGAGCCCCUGUCGACCGAUGAACGGACGAACGCACGUGACGCAAACCUUGGAAACGGUGCUGCGUGGACGAUGUACAUCACCCCGAUGACAGACAGCCUCACUUCGGCGAUCUUUCAGAGCGCCGCUCCUUUGACCCGCACAGUCGAUAAUGUGCGAGCAGUCUUCGAGGGCAACCAACCAGUAUGCCUAGAUUCACUUUCACUACAUAGAUUGAUCAGCCCUUAUGUUUGCUAUUUGUUUCAUAUUUUGCAUCGCCGUGGGUCACUUCUUGGGUACAAAUACAACAAGUUCCAUCAUUCAUUGUUUUAUCACUGAGGACCUGAAUUAGAAUUAUACAUUCGUAGUAUAAGUAUACUGCUUUAAUUAUUGCGGGAGUUUUUGUUUCUCGUUGUGAUACUCAUCAGUUAUUUGUAUGCUUUUUUAUGCAUUUUGUUCACUAGCCCCAACCGCCGCCGUACAUUCCACCGCCCUGUCGCUGUGAUUGUUCGGACCCGUUGGUUGCGGAACCGCCACCUGCGGCACCUCCCGAUGUAGUUCCACCUGAUCCGGUGCCGCCAAGCUACCUGAUGCCGCCUCCCGUGGAGCCGCCAGCGCCUCCUGCAGCACCGCCACCGCCUCCUCCGGCGCCACCGGGACCUCCGGAGCCGCUAAGCUUGGAGCCUCCGCUGCCAGCGAUCCCGCCGAUGCCGGUGAAUUUGCCGGUGAGUGACCCGCUAUUCGGUUAUGCAGGCAGUCAAACAGGUUACGCACCGGUUGGAUUCGGAGGGUCUGGAGUGGGCGGGUCAUCGUUUCUCCCGGCAGCUGCGGGAUUUGCACUGACGCCAGCUUUCGGAGCGGCACCUCCCGGCAUUCCACCGGUAUUCACGCAGCUCUUUUUCGGGCGGAGACUCAGAAAGAGUCCGACAACGAGGUCAAAAGCCGCUGCGCUAAAAGCAACAAACACCGACCAAGUACUGCCAUUGUGUUUGCGAACCCAGUGUGCUUGCGAUCUGGCCAAUACCGCGGCGCGCGUCGAAGCAGAUGUCGUUAGACAAGCUGAAACGCGAUAGGUGCGUCGAAGACCGCACAGAGCUCCUCAUGACAUGAUAACAAGGGGUGAACGAGUUGAAGUUGUACUAGUUGUAUAGUCACUCAGCUGAAGUUUUUCAUGAUCGGAUACCCUACCUUGUUUUUUCCAUGACAACGCUCAGGAUGCUCUUUAUAUUGUUGAAUCAACACAGGGUGUAAACCGCGUGUCAUCUGAACAAGUCCUCCACAGUAUCUUGCACAGCUUUUUUUUUAACGGUAACAACGAACACAAAGAAAAAUUCACAUUUGACGGACUGAUUUGUACAACGAACUUCCUCGCACUCCAACGUGCAUCAGUACCGGGAUCUUGGUGCGACUGUGGCGCCACUUUGAACAGUGCUGCAAUAACAACCAGCUAUGCACGAAGAAAAAGUUG